CUCUCUCGCUCUCUCUCUCUCUCUUGCGCGCGCCCGAUCUCUACUGUCUGUCUCACCCAGCCCACCCGCCACCACGACUUUGCUUGCGACAUUCGCCUUCCUCGACAAUCCAGCACGCACCCCGCGACCGAUCAUUCCAAUCCGCCCGCCGCCGCAUAAGAGUCGCCUGCGCGAUACGAGGGAGCCAUGACUUCGUUCAUUACCACCAUUAACAACCGCGCCGGGCGCAAUGGCAACGGCACCGCUGCCUUCCGCGCCAAGGAGGGCAAGCGCGGCACCAGCGCGUGGCAGCUGAAGCAGUUCGCGGAGGCGACGCUGGGAAGCGGCAGUUUGCGGAAGGCGGUGCAGCUGCCGGAGGGAGAGGAUCUGGGCGAGUGGCUGGCCGUCAAUGUCGUCGACUUCUACAACCAGAUCAACCUGAUCUACGGCUCGAUAACGGAGUUCUGCUCUCCGCAGAGCUGCCCGGAGAUGAAGGCCACGGACGAAUUCGAGUACCUAUGGCAAGACUCGGAGCACUACAAGCGGCCGACGAAGAUGGCAGCGCCCGAGUACAUCGAGCACCUGAUGGCGUGGGUGCAAGCGAACAUUGACAACGAAGCCAUGUUUCCGUCGCGCAUCGGCGUCGCGUUCCCCAAGCAGUUCCCGUCGCUGAUCCGCCAGCUGUUCAAGCGGCUGUACCGCGUCUACGCGCACGUCUAUUGCCACCACUACCCCGUCGUCAUUGCGCUGGGCCUCGAGCCCCAUCUCAACACUAGCUUUAAGCACUACGUGCUUUUUGUCGAUGAGCACGGGCUUGCGCAUGGCAGUCGCGACUUCUGGGGCCCGUUGGGCGAUCUGGUCGAGAGUAUGCUGCGGAGUGAUUAGGGAGGGUGUGUGGAGGGAGGGAGG